CUGUGUUGCGGCUCCCUCAACGUCCGGCCCACCCUCGGGACGUCCCGAGCUCAGUGCCACCCUCCACCUGCCGCCCACGCGACCCGCAUCCCUGGCCCAUGGCCAAGCGGCGUGCGGCUGAGCCGCUCACGUUCCGCGUGCCUUGGAAGCGGCUCCUGCUCAGCGACUUCCCCGAGGAGCCGCCGCUCUGGGUCCCGCCGUCUGGGGCGGCUCGGCCCCUCAAGCGCCAGGGGGACGCGGGGACCAUGGCCGAACCUGCGUCUGCACCCCGUAAACGACGAGGCGGUGGGGACGACGAACCGGAGCUGCAGGGCCGUGGCCUGGAGCCCGGAGAGCCACCUCCUGGGGAACAGGGGGAGCCCCAGGUCAGCCGGGCCGCGGGCGGCGGCGACAGGGUAGAGAGCGCGGGCAGCCCGCAGGGAGCCGACGAGGUGCACAGCCAGCACAAUGAAGACUUUUGGCAGUAUAAUACAUUCCAGUAUUGGAGGAACCCUCUACCACCUAUUGAUCUGGCAGCUCUUGAAGAUGUGAGUGCAAACAGCCUGACAGAAACCCUUGAGGACAAGAAUGAAGGAGUUGAGAUUGACAUGGAGUCCUGACAGAAGGAUCCAAAGGAAUGGGAUUCAUUGAAUUGGAGGAGACCUAUGGAAAAGUUCUUUUCCAUACUUGACAUGAUACUCUUUUCAAACCUGAAAUAUGAGGAAGAGUUCUGGGAUAAAUAACUAAUUACUACUGAAUCUCCUCAUGGAGAGUUGGAAAGGAUAUAUACAGCUGCAGACAAAAUACUUUGUGUAUACAUUUUUAAUGAAAAAAGUUUUGUUCGUGCUCUUGACUUUGAAGAUGCUUAUCUUAGAAAAGGAGGUUUUGGACAGUCUAAGAGGAAGCACUCGGGUCUUCCACACUUGUUCUGUCAAAUGUUCCUUUGUACCAGAAAGCUUAUUUGUGGUACACGGAAUGAAUUCAUUUAUACAGCGGAUGCUAAUAAGUACUUUCUAGUACAUCUUAUUGGCUCCCCUUGGUUGAACAAAUAGGAGACAUGCAAAUAAGAACAAAUAGGAGUAUCUAUGCAAAAGUAAAAUGUGGGAUUGUUCCUGGAAAUUAGCUUUGUUCUAAGAGUGUAAAUUUAAACUAGUGAGAACUUCCAUUUGGGUAGCUUGUUUUAACUUUCACUAUUUACUGUUUAUUAAAACAGUAUAGGCAAUGAGUACAGCCAAACAAUGGAUAGAGAACAGUAGAAAGCAGAUGCCUGCCCCUCCCCCCUUUUUCUGAGAUGAAAGAAAUGAUCUGGUCAGUUUACUGAUUUUUGUUGUGAGGACAUUUUUUAUAUUGUUGAUUACUUCAGAUCUGUAGUUCUCAACACUUAGAGCACUUUAACCAUCUCUGCUUGAGCCCUGGUCCUAGAGAGAUCUCAUUCAACUAUUUGCAGGUGACUUUACACAUAGGUUGUUUUGUUUUAUUUUAUUUUUGCACCAAUUCUGUAUCCUGUAUUGUGUAGGUGGGGCCAGAACCACUAGACCAGCAGCUUUUCCUAUUUAAAGGAGAUCACUAGUGCAAGCUGCAGCAACGCCUCUUCAUUAGUUUUGUCUAUAUCUUAUGUUACUUGAUUUGUCGUUACUAAGUUAUUGUGUUACAAUUUAUUUUUUAAUAAAGUACACUGUUUAUGUUUGAGCUAUGUA